AUGAAGUUUCGGCACCCAUCCCAGGAGAAAGCUGGCUGCGAGGAGGCAACUGCGUGGACCUCCCUCUGGGAAGAAUCUGGGGGCGCCUGGCUACGAAGUCUCCUAGCAACUGGAAAACAAACCACUAAAGCUGGUGGUCACCCGGGGGCUAGAGGUACCAUGGAGAACAAGAAGUGGCUGUUAGCCCCAGGGCCACUGGAACCAAUGCCCCUGGGCAUGAACUGCAAGCCCUGGUACAAAGACAAAUUACCUUCCAAGUGUUUUGCAAAUCACAAGAAGAAGCUUCUGAAGUUCCCCACCUCCCUGGACAGCCGGAGGUGGAUAUUUGUGAAAGAGGGGCUGGAUGACUUCAGAAGGGGGUGUCCACCUUGUAAAGGUCUGAUCACUCGCAGCCCUAAGGAGGGCUUUCUCCCUGUGAUUACUCACAGAGUUCCCCAACCUGCCCCAACAAAGAGUCAUAAAAAGCUGACCAAGGAAGCAGACCUGUUUUCUACUCUCUCACCAGCCCAGCUAGCACGGAAGGCAUUCUUAGAGGACAUUGAGGCCCAACUGACUGAGCAUCCCUUGGCUCUCGACCCAGAUUUGGAGAAAGAUCUACCUGCAGAGCUCUUACUAAAGGUGCUGGAAGUGCUGGAUCCUGACAGGAAGCUGGAGGCCACUUGGGCUUCUUGUAAGAACACUGAGAAAAGAAGGAAGUCUCCCACAAAGCGUUGUGAGAAAUGUCCUGCCAAAGUUGAACUUCCCAAGAAGACUCCUGGGUCACAUCCAGACAAAGUGCCUCCUGAAGAAAAGAAAUCAAGCACAGAUGAUUUGCUCAAAAUUUCUCCUCUUCAAAGAAAAGUACCAAGAGAAGUUCGUAAAUUCUGCAAAUGGGUUGCUACUUUAGGAGACUUGGGCAUUGAUGAAGAGUUCAUCAUGAAACAAUUUGACCUUGGCUAUGAGUGCAAACUAACCCGUAAACUGGUCUGCCUGAAGAAAGUAAACCAGGUUCCUAUGGAUCUAAAGAACAGGAAGGGGCUAGAUGAGAUGGAGGGCAUAAGAUUCUCCUUACAGGAUAAAGAUUGGGAGAAGAAACUCCAGCCACCAGAGAAUCCUUAUAAACCCAAUUGGGUGAAAAUGAGGUAUGGAGCAUGGUACCUGAAGCCCAAGUUGUGGAAAAAGCUAAUAAAUGAUGAACCUUUGAUUGACCCCAAGGUCUUACUUGAAGGUCAAGAUGGUAGUUUUGGAAAGAAGGUUCCUGAAAAGGAUAUUAUUGAAGAUCUUUAUGGAACAAUUGCCUUUAAAGAUUUCAUUCAACUCAAGGGCUACAGGAUGCCAGGCUUCCUUGAGAAGUUGUUUACCAGGAAGGGAUGGAGCUAUGAUUCUGUUAAGACUCCUAUAGAACGAGUAAUGAAAAUACACCCAAAUAUAGAAGAAGAUCCACAUGAAGAUGUUUAA